UAAAUGACAUCUGUCAAAUAAGUGAGGUUAUGUUGAUUUUGGGAAACCUGAACUUAUUUUGAUAAAUACGUUAAUUUAUUGUAUAGCUGAAAAUGGCUAAUAAUAUUAGGAACAUCAAUAAGUGUAUACCAAGAAACUCUUUGUCAUAUAUUGUACCAAGACUAUUAACCGUACAGCAAUACCGGGAAUAUGCAAGACCCACAAGUUUCCCCGACUUCUUCCAAAAUCCUAUUUUUAGAAAGGAAGACCAAGCACAGCUUAUUGAAAGCGCAGAGCUACCGAAGAUAGCCGCUUUACCUGUUAGGCCCCCAGCUGUUUAUCAAACAAGUUCUGCAUACCAUGACCCCUUAGUGACCAAAGUAAUCAACCAUGUCAUGGAAAUGGGUAAAAAACAGAUGGCUCGCAACCUUGUAGAGAAAGCUUUUGAAAAUAUAAAGAGAUCACAGAUUGAGCGCUACCACUUAGCAUCUACACCUGAAGCAAAGGCUAAAAUAGAACUUGAUCCCAAGAAAAUACUACACAAAGCUGUUGAGAAUGCCAAACCCUUGCUGCAACUGCAACCGAUCAAAAGAGGAGGUAUCACUUAUCAGGUCCCUGGCCCAAUCACUGAGAAAAGAUCACUAUUUCUGGCCAUAAAGUGGUUGUUAGAGGCAACAAACGAAAAAGAAAGGACAGUCCACUUUCCAGAACAAUUUGCAUGGGAAUUAUUAGAUGCAGCUAACAAUACAGGGAAGGUUGUCAAGAGAAAACAGGAUCUGCACAGACAGUGUGAAGCAAACAGGGCAUAUGCUCAUUACAGGUGGCAAUGAACUUAAUAUAUUCCUUAGUAGUUAUAAAUGUAAUGUAAUUAAUGUUUGCCUGAUGUAAUAAAAAUAGUUAACAUCA